AUGUCUCAGUGGUUACAAGAAACCUUUCUUGGACAAGUCUUGCACCAAAUCCCGUCAUUUAGACACGACAAUUCUAAUCGACCAGAGCACGUCGAACUCGAGUCAUGUCACGAUAACAAAACAUUUAUUGUGGACUGGUAUUCCGAAGCCGAUGGAGAGAACCCUCACAACUGGCCUACACUCAAAAAGGCCUUUGUUCUCGUCGUCAUUGGCGCCUACAGCUUCGUGGUGUACAUGGCAGCUCCGAUCUAUACCCCGAGCGAGGAUGCAUUCAUUGAAGAAUUCGGAGUAAACAAUGCAGAAGCAUCCCUCGGACUUGCCCUUUACGUUCUAGGAUAUGGUACUGGACCUCUCUUCUUCAGUCCAUUAAGUGAGAUUCCUCGCAUCGGUCGCAAUCUUCCAUACGUCCUCUCUUUCUUUCUCUUCUGCAUCAUCAGUAUCCCCACAGCACUAGCGCCAAACGCAAUUGGAUUUUACUUCCUCCGCUUUUUGCAGGGCUUCUUCGGAAGUCCAUGUUUGGCUACUGGUGGUGCCUCAAUCGCAGAUGUUUACUCAGUCGAUACGCUUCCCCAUGCGAUGACUACAUGGGUGUUUUGUGUUUUCUGCUCUCCAGCAAUAGGGGUCUUGGUCUCCGGGUUUGCGAUCCCGGUUCUCGGAUGGAGGUUUUCUAUGUGGGAAAUCUUGAUGGCGGCCGGUCCUAUAAUGCUUCUUCUGGUAUUGUUGCCUGAGACUAGCGCUGCAACUAUCUUGCAUCGACGCGCUCGUCGUCUGGCGAUGAUGGAUAGGAAGAAAAGUCAUUGCUAUCGGACUGCCGCUGAUCUUGCACAGGCUCAUGUCUCUUUUUCCGAGGUCUUACGGGAGUCGUUACUUAUCCCUGGGAAGAUCACUUUCCUCGACCCGGCUAUUUUGUUCUUGAAUUGUUAUACUUCCUUGACAUAUGGCAUUUACUACUCCUUCUUUGAGGCGUUCCCGAUCGUGUAUCAAGGUAUAUACGGGUUCAACCUUGGAGAGAUGGGGUUAGCAUUCCUGGCUAUCGUUGUUGGAACGAUGAUCUCAUGCGUGAGCUAUAACCUUUACAUUCGCCAGGUCUUCAUCCCAAAGACAAACACUGGGGGUAUGCAGAAGCCGGAAGACGUUUUGGUUCCGGCUUUGUUCGCUUGCUUCGGACCGGCAAUUGGACUUUUCCUCUUUGGUUGGGCCUCAAAUCCAAACGUUCAUUGGAUCGUUCCGACAAUCGGGAUUGUCAUAUAUCCUGCAUGUGUCUUUAUCCUGAUGCAAUCUGUCUUUCUUUAUAUUCCGGCUUGUUACCCGCAGUAUGCUGCCAGUGUAUUUGCCGCAACCGAUUUCACGCGGAGUGCAUUCGCAUGCGGCGCUGUUGUUUUUUCAAGGCCUCUUUACGAGAAUCUGGGUAUUGGGCCCGGGUGCAGCUUAUUGGCUGGAUUAACUACUGGAUGUGUAGUUGGCAUUCAUUUGUUGUAUAAAUACGGCGAAAUACUGCGACAAAAGUCGAAGUUUGUGUCUAAAUGGUGA